GUUCCGCUACCUGUGUGUUAAUAUAUUAAUCCAAGCAAUCACCCAACAUAAUAUGGUGUCAGAAGUUGUCGUCUAAAAUUAAUCUGUCAGUAAAUAAAGAAUCAAGCCCGUCAUGCCAGACAAUGAAGUAAAUCCGUCAAAUUCAAAUGCUAACCAAUCUGUUGUAGAAGCACGUGUAGUAGAGCAGCACCUAUGGCAUCUUGUUCGCUUCAGCCUAUGAAUCUGCGUGCACCUGAUUUAUCACAAGCCUGGAAAACUUGGAAAACCCAAUUCCUAAUUUAUCUGCGAGCUACAGGUCUUGACAAAGAAAGUGAUGCAAGAAAAGUCGCCUUAAUGCUUCACUACCUGGGCCCCGAUUGCUUGAAAAUCUACAAUUCUUUUAACGAAAACUUGGAUUCUGUGAAAUACGACGAGCUAGAAACGAGGUUUGAUGCACAUUUUACACCUACCGCUAAUAUUUCAUUUGAGAGGCAUAUAUUUAUAACACGAAAGCAAGGUAGCAAUGAAUCCCUUGAGGAUUAUGUCACAGCAUUAACAAAUCUUAGCCUGUCCUGCGACUUGGGAGCACUACGUGAAAGCUUGAUUAAAGACAUUUUUACCUGUGGUUUAAACGAAUCCAAUCACUACAUCAAGGAAAAAUUAAUUGGAGCAGGUCCAAUCGAAUUAAAUAAAGCAGUCGAACUAGCGAAGACCGCAUCCCUUACAAAAGCGCAGAUGUCUCAGUUAAGUUCAGCAGCAUCGUUCGUAGGUGCAAUAAAUAAUCAAUUUCAAAGAAGAAAGCGUGUCAAUCAAAGCCACACGAAGAGAAGAAAAUCUGUCAGUCCGAGUACAUCGCCUAAGAAUAAUUAUGGAUCGCCGUCAAGCUACGAUAGUGCAUGUACCCGCUGUGGUCAACAUCAUCGAUAUAGAUGCCCUGCAGCAACUCAAAUUUGCAAUUACUGCCACAGAAGAGGACAUUUCGUGCAAUGCUGUUUUAAGAAAAAAUCAAGAACUGUUCAUCAGCUGUCUACAACCGAAGAUUUAUUUUUAGGAAUGGUCGAGUGUGAAAAUGUUCCCAGUUCUGAUGUCAAAUCCUUAUCAUGGGAAUCUGCCGUACACAUUAACAACAAAGAAGUCAUUUGCCAAUUGGACACCGGAGCUCAAACGAACAUAAUCAGUUUGUCUAAGUUCACAACUUUGGGCUUACCGAACUCAAAUAUCACACCUUGUUCGUCAAGGGUGAGUACGUUUACAGGACAUAAUAUUGAUGUAAUUGGUUCAGUUAAUUUGACUUGUAAAGUAGGGUUAAGGAAGUCGCACGAAUUAUUUCAUGUUGCAAAUUUCAAUUGUGUUACAAUCUUAGGAUUAAGAGCUUGUAUUAAUUUGAAAUUAGUGAAAAGACUUCACAACGUGCAAUUCGAUUCUGAAAGUAAUCAGACGAGUGAAGUUCAGUCUGAAAAACACAAUGUCUUGGAAACUUAUAAGGACGUAUUUGAAGGUUUAGGUAAAAUUGAUAUGAAAUGUCACUUUGUAGUCGAUAAAAAUAUUAAGCCUGUCAUUGAACCACUGCGAAAAAUUCCUUUUAUGUUACAUAAGGAUUUGGAAAAAGAACUUAAACGUAUGGUUGACUUAGGGGUUAUAAUAAGAAUAUCUGAGCCCACUGCAUGGGUAAAUAGUAUAGUUAUAACCACUAAGAAAAAUGGUAAUUUAAGAAUCUGUCUGGAUCCUAGAAAUCUGAACAAAGCAAUUAAACGGUCUCAUUAUCCAUUUCCGAAUAUAGAUUCGGUAACAAGUAAACUUGCGAAUGCAUGUUUUUUCUCAACUCUCGAUGCAAAUUCAGGUUUCUGGACUAUACCUUUAGAUGACCAAUCAUCUAAACUGUGUACUUUUAUAACUCCUUUUGGACGUUUUCGUUUCCUGAGGUUACCAUUUGGUAUUAACUCUGCACCAGAAAUAUUCCAUGCUACAAUGGUGGAUCUGUUUGCACAAAUUAAAAAUGUAAUUAUUUAUUUUGAUGAUCUGCUUAUAUUUGGAAGUACAAAAAAGGAACAUGAUUCUGUUUUAAAAACGGUCCUUGAUAGGGCUCGUUCAGUGAAUAUGCGUUUUAAUCCAAAUAAAUCGCAUUUGUGUAAAACCUCUGUAACCUACAUGGGUCACGUAUUUUCAAGUCGUGGCAUUCAUCCAGAUCCUUUAAAAAUUAAGGCAAUUGUUAAAAUGCCAGAACCCAAAAAUAAGCAAGAUUUACAAAGGUUUAUGGGUAUGUUAACUUAUUUGUCGUCAUUUAUCAUAAAUUUUUCUGAUCAUACGAAAGUGUUGAGGUUAUUAAUUAAAAAAGACAACCCUUGGCAUUGGGAUGAAAUUCAUAGAACAGAAUUUAACAAAUUAAAAACCCUUAUCACUAAAGCACCAGUAUUAACGUACUUUGAUACAAACAAGAAACUUACGCUAUCAUGUGAUUCAUCUCAAUAUGCAGUUGGAGCUGUCAUAUCGCAUGAUAUUAACCCAAUUGCUUUUGCAUCUGCUUCAUUAACAGACUGUCAGCAAAAUUAUGCACAAAUUGAGCGUGAACUUCUUGCAAUUGUAUAUGGAUGUAUAAAAUUCCAUCAGUACAUAUAUGGACAAAAAGUGCUAGUGCACACUGAUCAUAAACCAUUAAUUCCCCUUUUUAUAAAGCCCUUAUAUAAGGUCCCACAGCGUCUUCAAAGAUUUAUGCUUAAAAUUCAAGCCUAUGAUCUUGAAGUUCAGUAUGUGCCAGGAAAUAAAAUGUUUGUAUCUGAUACCUUAUCUAGGGCUCCAUUGUCAGAUAAACUGCUGGAAAUAUCAGAUGAAUUUGAUAAGGAUCUUAAUUUACAUGUAAAUUUACUAGUGUGCAAUCUUGCAGUUUCUUCUGAACAGUUAAACAAAAUUCGAGAACAGACGAACAAUGAUCAGACUCUGUUAACGUUAAGUAAAUAUUAUCAAGAUGGUUGGCCGUCAAAUAGAAAUAAUAUUCCCUUAGAAGUGCGACCAUUUUUAAAAUUUUCUGAAUUUAUUCAUGUUGCGGAUGGUAUCGUUUUUAAAGGUGAUUGUAUCGUAAUACCAUCAUCACUACGCAAGGAAAUGCUGGCAAUAAUCCAUGAAGGACAUUUUGGUAUUGAUCGAUGUAUUAAGUUCGCAAAAAACUCAUUAUUUUGGCCGAACAUGAGUAGCGAUAUCAAAAAUAUCGUGUCUACAUGCAUUACGUGUCAGCAAUUCAGCAGAAAUAACAGUCAACUUCCUUUAAUGCCACAUGAAAUAAAAUUAGUACCAUGGUAUAAGAUUGGGGUAGAUUUUAUGGAUGUAUUGGAUAAGAAAUAUCUUGUUUGCAUUGACUAUUUCUCGAAGUACAUAGAAAUAGCAGUAAUGCAAAGAGGAUGUACAGCUUUACUAGUUAUAAUAGAACUAAAAUCAAUUUUUGCAAGGCAUGGAAUACCUGUCACAUUAAUCUCAGACAAUGGUCCUCCAUUUGGUUCCAAUGAAUUUGCUAACUUUGUUAAAACUUGGCAUAUAAAUCACGUGACAGCUAGUCCACACCAUGCUCAAUCAAAUGGUCAAGUAGAAAGGAGUAUAGGCACUUUGAAAAAUAUGAUUAUUAAAGCAUUUGAGUGCAAUGAAGAUCCAUAUUUGGCUCUUCUACAAUAUCGUACAACUCCUAACGAAAGUUUGAACUCCCCAUCACAAUUGUUAAUGAGUCGCUUACUCAGAACGCGACUACCCAUUAAAGAAUCUCUUUUGCAAUCACAAUUAACAGAUUUGAAUAAGCAAAAACAAUUUAUUGAAAGGAUGAAUUUUAAAAAAUCUCAUUAUUUCAAUAAAUCAUGUAAAACUCUUAAUGAUCUCGUAGUGGGACAAAAAGUGUUAUUCAAAAAGGCACUUGCAGAUAAAAAAUGGCACAUAGGUACAAUUGUAAGUGUAGGACCUUUACCACGAACUUAUCAAGUACAAAAUGCAGAAGGCACAUUAUACCGCAGAAACCGAAUGUUCUUUAAACCCUUAAAAACAAUGGAAACUGAAAUUGCUGAUGUUAAUAAUGAUAAUGAAGGAUUAUUAACUAACAGUAAUUCAGACAAUUCAUUACUAAUUGUUCCAAACCCAAUUAGGUCAGAAACGGUGAAUGAUUCUGAAAUACAGGUGAAUGAUUCUGAAAGGCACACACGAUCAGGUCGUUUAAUUAAGACCCCAAGUAGACUAAACUUGUAGUAAUGUUUGUAAUUAUAUGUAAUGUUUGUUAUUUUAAGUAUACUUUGUAUUAUUAAGGAAAGGGAGAUGUUAUAGUAUAUCUGUAUGUUAUAAAACGUGGCAACUAUGUCUUUCGUAAAGGUUGCCAAGACGAAGCCGGUACGCUUGACACGACAGCUGCUCGAUGGCCGGUGACAUGA